GCCGACAUCGCGCAGUUCAGUCUCGUAAUUCGGUUCCGCCAGUCCAGUCCAGUUUUGUGUCUUGUCCAGCUCGCGUUUUUGGAGCAAGCAAAAAGCCGGUCAUCUCUAAUCAUCUCAAUCUCUCUCGCUUUGAUCCGUCGCCGGAAGUGUUACUAAGCUACAUCAUGCCUGUCCCAGAGCUGCAGAAGCCCGCGCCCAAGUUCUCCGGAACCGCCGUUGUUAAGGGUGCCUUCCAGGAGAUCAAGCUGGAGGACUACGCCGGCAAGUACGUGGUGCUGUUCUUCUACCCGCUGGACUUUACCUUCGUGUGCCCCACGGAGAUCAUCGCCUUUUCGGAUCGCGCCAGCGAGUUCGAGAAGAUCAACUGCGCCCUGAUCGGAUGCUCGACCGAUUCUCACUUUACCCAUCUGGCCUGGACGAACACGCCGCGCAAGGAGGGCGGAGUUGGCGCGCUGGACAUUCCCCUGCUGGCGGACAAAUCGAUGAAGAUCGCCCGUGACUACGGAGUGCUGCAGGAGGAGAGCGGAGUCACGUUCCGUGGCCUGUUCAUCAUCGACGGCCAGCAGAACCUGCGCCAGAUCACCAUCAACGACCUGCCCGUGGGACGCAGCGUCGACGAGGUGCUCCGUCUGGUCCAGGCAUUCCAGUUCACCGACGAGCACGGCGAGGUCUGCCCGGCCAACUGGAAGCCAGGCCAGAAGACCAUGAAGGCCGACCCGGAAAAAUCCAAGGAGUACUUCGGCUCGGCCAACUAAGCCGGAACCGGACCCUGCGUUACCGUUAAGAAGCUACAUCGGCCAUUGCGAGCUGUAACAAUAAUUAGACACAAAACUACUGACACUUAUCCUGUACACGUGUGAGAAUUAGCGUUAUACGUUGUAAUCCGUCGUCGAAUGUUUUUGCUCGAUCGCUCGAAGAAAGUACAUACAGCCAGGAGCUAACUUAUUAAACCCGAAGAACGAGAGCAAUAAAGAAUAGUAUUGUUUUUCUACACCUUA